AUGGCUUCGCCUGCCGACACGAAGCCUGUGGCGGCGGCUGCGGACGACACGCUUACGAAGGCAAACGGAGACGUUACAGUUCAACCCACAGCAGAAGCUAACAACAAGGGGACGGACGGAGUCACUGAAGUCGCCACCGGCCCGCAGAAUAACCCGACAGAAUCGCUGGCGGCCCCUCCAGCUCAGCCAGUCAAGGCGGAAAUCGGGGACGGGAACGAGCCCAAGUCGGAGGAGUCGGCGGCACUACUAAAACCAUCCACCGCCGACAAUGAAAGCCAGAAGACACCACCCCCACAGCUGGCACCGAUAGUGACGUCGGCAUUCACGACUGAGCCUGCCCAUGUCCAUCCGCCCGCGAAGACAGCAACGACCGCUGGUCAGGGUAUCGACGACGUCAACCCCCGUGACUUUGCCGGUGAGGUGCAGAGCAAUAAUGACCUACCAUCGGCCGCGACGCUGCGCAAGAUCGAGAACUAUGUCGUCCUCGACCGCCAUGGAAAGUCUCACACCUUCCGGAGUCUAUACAGCGGGCGCAACGUUGCCCGGCGGGUGCUCGUCAUCUUUGUCCGACACUUCUUCUGUGGUAACUGCCAAGAAUACCUCCGUACUCUCUCAGCCUCUAUCACCCCAGAGGCCCUGCUUGACCUGCCGAUCCCAACCUUCAUCGCUGUGAUAGGCUGCGGUGACCCGUCCUUGAUUGACAUGUACGUGAGUGAGACGGGCUGCCGCUUCCCCGUCUACUCGGAUCCGACCCGGCGCCUGUAUGACGAGCUUGGUAUGGUGCGCACCCUUGCCCUCGGCGCUCGUCCGGCCUACCAGCGCAAGUCCAUGAUCAGCAGCGUCUUUAGCAGCGUCGUCCAGGGCCUCAAGCAGAUUCCGAGCGGAAAAGCUACCAAGGCGGGAGACCAGCGCCAGAUCGGCGGCGAAUUUCUUUUCGAGCCCUUCAACGUCAUGACCCCCGCCGAUGACAUUGAGAAGCGCCUCGGCGAGCACAGGGACUACAGGGCCAGCAUGGCAGCGGCCAAGAUAUCGUCCGAAGACGCCGCGGCCGGGGAAGGAACUGGGGUGGCCGGCGGCCACAGCCCACCCAAGAAUGACGAGGAGAUCAAGGCCGCCCUGAGCCGCAGCGGCAGCAUCGCGCCGCCUGAGGCGCAGAUUCAGCAGGAAGACGAGGCCGAAGAGCCUGGCGAAGAGAAGCAUGUAACUUGGGCGCACCGCAUGCGCACGACGCGCGACCACGCCGAGAUACCCGAGCUCAUGGAGGUUCUGGGCCUCAGCGGUCAAGGCCAGCCCAUCAAGGACAAGAAGCGGUGGUCCAGGGCGCUGGAGACCCGCAAAGGCACCGGCGCGAGCCUGGCAAGCCAGAUGAGCGCGCUGUCUGUCUCGAGGAGCGGGUCCAAGGCGCAAUCGCCUGAGCGGUCAUGA